CUGUGGCUGCAGGCGUGGCUUGCCCUCGUCUUACUGGUGCUCGUUGUCACAUCAGAUGAUCCUCCGAGGAUUACUCUAGCACCAGUAGACCAGAAGGUUGUGGAGGGUGGUAUAGUGAGCUUCAUAUGUAAGGCAACAGGGAACCCAGCCCCAGACAUAUACUGGCAGAAAAAUGGCAAACGACUUACAGGAUCAAAAUCACGGUAUAUCAAGAAAGAAAUGCCCCAUGGGUCAGUCCUGAGAGUUGAGCCAGUGAGAACACGAAGGGAUGAUGCUGACUUUGAGUGUGUGGCGGAGAAUGGGAUCGGGGAACCGGUACUUGCGAGAGCGAGAUUAACAGUCUAUGAAGAAAAUAAAGGUCUGCCCAGUGGCUAUCCACGUAUCAUACAAAGCCCUCAGUUGAAGGCUGUAGAGAAAGACCGUAAUGCUGUGAUGGUUUGUGAGGCGGCAGGUAACCCAGAUCCAACAAUAAUGUGGCUUAAGGACAUGAUACCUGUGGACAUGUCAGAUCCCAGGAUCACUCUACUUCAAUCAGGCUCACUGCAGAUUGAAAAGGUGCAGAGACCAGAUGAAGGGAGAUACGAAUGUGUCUCUUACAAUGACGCUGGGACCACCUAUUCCUACCCUGCUAAUCUCUAUGUUAGAGUUCGUAGAGUACCUCCACAUUUUACGAUACCCCCAGAGAGUGCUGAAGUGAUGCCUGGUGGAGAUGUUAAUAUUACCUGUGUGGCUGUCGGCUCCCCCAUGCCAUACGUUAAGUGGCGACUAGAGGCUAUUGAGUUGACCCCUGAGAGAAACAUGCCUGUGGGUCGCAACGUCCUGCAGCUGACUAACGUCAAGGAAUCCGCCAACUACACAUGCGUGGCUGUAUCUGAGCUAGGCAAUAUUGAGUCUGUUGCCACGGUGAAAGUCAAAGCAAUGCCAAAUCCCCCCACUAGCCUGCAUAGCUCUGACGUCACGCCAAAUUCCGUCAAACUGACGUGGCACCCAGGGAAUGUAGAGCCAAUCGAGUCAUACAUCGUGCAGUACAAGCGCCAUGGUGAGGAUAGCUACAGCGAGAUCCCAAAUAUAAGAGGCCGGGAGUAUGUUGUACAGGGCCUAGAGGCCUACACCAAGUAUGACUUUAGGGUCGUAGCUGUGAACAAUGUGGGACGAGGCCUUCCCAGCAUCCCCAGGGAUGAGAUUACAGGAGAAAUGGCCCCUGGCUCACCUCCUAGGGAAGUAAAGGCUCAAAUGAUUAGUGCGAGCACUGUGACGAUGUCCUGGAUAGAACCAGAGAUACCCAAUGGAGUCAUCAAGGGUUACGAAGUGAUCUACACACUUUCCCCAGAUCUUCCUAUAUCACUAUGGACGUUACAUCGUGUCAACAAUGUCAACAUCAACAACAUAGCAACCAUACCUAAUCUUGCCACAAACAGAACAUAUACCUUCCAAGUAUUGGCCUUCACCGACAUAGGAUCAGGUCCUCUCUCAGAUCCCAUCAAAGUGAAAACCCAGCAAGGAGUGCCUUUCACACCUAACAACCUCCAGGGAGAGGCAAUUAGCCCCAAUGAAAUUGUUCUCCACUGGGAGCGCCCUGAGGAAUCGGGCGAGAGCAUCACCUCAUACGAACUUCGCUACAACGAUUCCCACUUUCGUCAAAAUAUCAGGAUUUCUAUCAAGCCUCCGGUGGAGACCUAUACUCUUACAGACCUCACUCCAAGCACUGUUUAUCAUAUCCAAGUGUCCGCAAAAUCAGAGCGUGGGGAAGGACCACAGACGCCUAUAAUACAGAUCAAAACCGAACAGUUCAUCCCGACAGCUGCCCCACAGAACAUACAGGGUGAAACUCUUAGUGCAAGGAGUAUCAGAAUAACAUGGGAGCCUCCCCCUAGGGACAAACAGAAUGGCGAUAUUACAGGAUAUAAAGUUCUUUAUACUACCGUGGCUAGUAAUCAGGGCACGGCUGAUGCGGAAUAUGUAGAAACUUCCCCUGGGAGACUAAAUCAGGAUAUUACUGGUUUGAACAAAUGGACUGAGUACAAAGUAUGGAUGCUUGCCCGUACCAGUGUAGGGGAAGGCCCAGUGUCAAAGCCUAUUACUGUUUGGACCGACGAAUCAGUCCCUGGAGAACCAAGAAAAGUCAGAGUAGAGGCCAUCAACUCUACCCAUGUUCGGGUAGAAUGGAAGCCCCCAUCUAAUCGUGAUAAGAAUGGCAUCAUCCGUGGCUACCAAGUUCACUGGGUCGCAGUGAAUGAACACAAAGAGCCGAUUGGUCUUGCCAACAUUCAUACAGUGAUGAAUGCCUCCCAGCACUUUGCGAUUAUCUCCAAACUUCAACAUGACACAAACUACCAAUUCCAGGUUGCUGCCUAUACAAGGAAGGGUGAUGGCCAGAGGAGUAGGGGACGUACCAUCAAGACAAAAGGAGCAGUUCCAUCAAAGCCAACUGAGCUGACUCUUGAGUUGACACAGACUGACCCCCCUGUUGUGAGCGUCAUGUGGGAGAGUCCAGAGAAACCCUAUGGGGUCAUUAACAAUUACAAAGUAGAAUACAGACGCAAAGAUGACAUACAUGAUUCGAAAGAUGAAGAACUGAUUGGUGAAAGAUUCCAGUUUGAAACAGAUUUUCUUGAUAAAGGCACAGAGUAUGAGUUCCUUGUGUCUGCCAAGAAUGGUGAGGCAUAUGGAGAAGCAGCAGUGGAGACUAUCACCACACCUGAUGGGAUCCCAGCAGCUGCCCCCAUGAACUUCACUAUAACAGGAAUAAGUUCAACCAGUGUCAACUUAGCGUGGGAUCCCCCACCCAAGAAACAGCGUAAUGGGGUCAUAGUUCAGUAUGAGAUCUUGUAUCAUAAGUCCUCAGACUUUAUCAUGGAAACAGAUGUUAACACUACUGACAUGAGCACAGAAAUUCAAGGACUUGAAAUGGACACAGAUUAUACAUUCAAAAUUAAGGCCUAUACAACCCAGGGCGCAGGCCCAUGGUCUCAUAAAGUACCCUUUACCACAUUCGGACAGUUGCCACCUCCUCCCAAGAAUAUUGAAGUCAGGAGGACCAGUCCCACGAGUCUUGAGGUGAGCUGGGACCACCCUAUCUUCCAAGUAGCUGGCUAUAGGGUGUGGUACAAUGGCCAGGCAGUACCAGACAUAAACCAAUGGAGUCACAGAGACAUCGGACCUUUCAGAGUAACUGAAAUCAGUGGUCUGGAUAAAACCAAAGCUUAUGCUGUUCGAAUUCAGUCCAAAUCGAAUGAUGGUCGCUAUAGCAACCUAUCAGAGAUAGCAGUCGACAGUUUUAUACCUCCAGAACGACCUGAUAUGGUGACCAACUUUCAUGUUGUCACUCAGGACAAGCAGAGUGUUAUGCUUGAAUGGGAUCCACCUAAAAGACCUGGUGUACAAAGAUAUAAGAUUGUGUAUUAUGGACGUGGCCAGGUUGAUAAUGAUCUGGGAAAUGAGUUGCCAAGGCGUACAAAGACAGUUACAAGGGACAAUACUCGAGCUUAUAUAGAAAACCUAAACCCAAAUUCAAUCUACAACUUCAAUAUCAGUGCGAAAUUUGAAAACAGCUGGGGACCAGCCUAUCAUACUGUGGUAGAAACAAACAAGGAUGCUCCUCCCGUGUUUCCUGCCCCUGUUCCCAAGGUGGCAAACCCUGAUGAUUCUGUGACAGUUCAAUUGACUAAAGCCUCUGAAGAACAUGGCAAAUUAAGCCAUUAUCUAGUGGUUGUUGUUCCUGAACACAUGGCAACAAAGGAUACAAACCUUUACACUGAAGAUGAGUUGAGCCCACCAGAAGAUGACGAUCUGAACCCAUUGAUGAAGCCAUAUAUCACUGCCUGGUUCUCACCCUCAGACCUCCCUGAAAUGUUCAAUGUAGGAGACCAAGAGAUUUAUGGGCGUUACGUCAACAGACCCCUCAUCAAGGGACAAACUUACAAAAUGUUUGUUAGGGCAUUUUCAACACAAACGGAUCUGUAUACAUCUAGCAAGUUCUCUAAAAGCUUGAGGACAGACAUGGUCGUCCAGACAAUUACAUCUGGCCCAAUCUCCAAGAAUGGCAACAUUUGGCUCAUCAUCGGUGUCAUCGGUGGUGUCCUAUUCCUUGUCAUUGUCUGCUCUAUCAUUGCAGUGAUCUGUGUACAGAGGCGAAAAUCUCAACGAAAGCAGGCAGAAGUUAACCACAAGGAACCUGGAGUGACAAAGGCCCUAAUGAGUGAAGUACCUGCCCAUCCAACUGAUCCUGUGGAAAUGAGGAGACUUAACUUCCAAACACCUGCCAUGAUGAACCACCCACCUAUAGACAUAACAGACUUGGCGAAUCACAUAGACAGACUGAAGGCCAAUGACAACCUACGCUUCAGCCAAGAGUAUGAGUCAAUAGAACCUGGUCAGUCAUUCACCUGGGAGAACUCACACCUUGAGGUGAACAAGCCAAAGAAUAGAUAUGCCAAUGUCAGUGCAUAUGACCACUCUCGUGUUAUACUACAGCCUGUUGAUGGGAUACCUGGAAGUGACUACAUCAAUGCUAACUACAUGGAUGGUUAUAGGAAACAGAAUGCAUACAUUGCCACACAGGGUGCCAUGCCUGAGACAUUUGGCGAUUUCUGGCGCAUGGUGUGGGAGCAACGUAGUGCUACAAUUGUAAUGAUGACGAAAUUAGAGGAGAGAACAAGGAUAAAAUGUGACCAGUACUGGCCAAACAGAGGCACAGAAACGUAUGGCCUCAUGCAUGUGACACUUAUAGAUGUCACUGAACUGGCAACAUACACCAUACGCACCUUCCAGAUAUCUCGGCAUGGCUAUGGAGAGAAACGUGAAAUUCGCCAGUUCCAGUUUACGGCAUGGCCCGAUCAUGGUGUACCUGAUCAUCCCACUCCUCUUCUGUUGUUCAUGAAGAGAGUGAGGAAUGCAAACCCUCCUGAUGCUGGUGCUAUGGUAGUACACUGCAGCGCUGGGGUUGGUAGGACAGGAGCAUUCAUUGUUAUUGAUUCAAUGCUAGAACGCAUCAAGCAUGAGAGACGUGUUGACAUAUAUGGUCAUGUUACAUGCCUACGUGCCCAGAGAAACUAUAUGGUCCAGACAGAAGAUCAGUAUAUAUUUAUCCAUGAUGCCCUUCUGGAGGCAGUCCAGAGCCUCAACACAGAGGUCCCUGCCCGCAACCUUUACGCCCAUAUACAGAAACUCACCCAACCGGAGCCUGGAGAGACAGUCACUGGCAUGGAACUAGAGUUUAAAAAACUGGCCAGCAUCAAGGCUAAUCCAUCACGCUUUGUCUCCGCCAAUCUACCAGUCAAUAAAUUCAAGAACCGACUGGUCAACAUUCUACCAUAUGAGUCAAGUAGAGUGUGCCUGCAGCCAUUCAGAGGUGUCGAUGGCUCCGACUACAUCAAUGCAAGCUUUAUAGAUGGCUACCGAUACAGGCAGGCGUACGUAGCCACACAGGGCCCUCUCGCAGAAACCACAGAAGAUUUCUGGCGCAUGCUCUGGGAGCAUAAUUCAACCAUCAUCGUCAUGUUGACCAAACUACGGGAAAUGGGGCGAGAAAAAUGUCAUCAGUAUUGGCCAAGUGAAAGGUCACAGCGUUACCUCUACUUCGUUGUAGAUCCUAUGGCUGAAUAUAACAUGCCAUCAUACAUACUUAGAGAAUUCAAAGUCACUGAUGCCAGAGAUGGGCAAUCACGGACCAUACGACAGUUCCAAUUCACAGAUUGGCCAGAACAAGGGGUACCCAAGUCUGGAGAGGGCUUCAUAGAUUUCAUAGGCCAGGUUCAUAAAACUAAGGAGCAGUUUGGCCAAGAUGGUCCCAUCACCGUUCAUUGCAGUGCUGGGGUUGGACGCACAGGUGUGUUUAUAACAUUGAGUAUUGCCCUGGACCGCAUGCGUUAUGAGGGUGUUGUAGAUAUGUUCCAAACUGUAAAGAUGCUUAGAACACAACGACCAGCCAUGGUACAAACAGAGGAUCAAUUCCAGUUCUGCUACCGAGCUGCAUUAGAAUAUCUCGGCUCAUUUGACCACUAUGCAAACUAGCCCCCUCCAUCUUCAACUUCAUGUCACAAUUGAACAGUCAAGUAUGGCUCUUGAACAUAAUUAAAUAGUCAAGUCAAGCUUGACCAAAAUGAGACAGCCAAGCUAAGCUUGUUUAAUGGUUGGAUAUAAGCUGAAGUUUACCUGAAUGAAAAAAGUCAAGCUGAGCAAGGCCUGGUUGAAAACAAAUGAGUCAAUAUUUUUUGAAUGUGAACAAUCAAGUGAACCUUUUCUAAAAUAGAAACCUAGAUGUUUUGCACUAUUAAAAGCUCAUAAAAUGAGGGGUUAGUGACUAGUGUGUGCAACAAGGAUUAUGUGGCUUGUUAACUGGAUAUCAUGGUGCUUAUAGAGAGACUAGAACACUGUAGAAUCGAUGGCUCUUUGAUUCGGGCCCACAUGGAGCUAUGUACAUACACGCAGACAACGAGUCAUGGAUAUAACAAAUAUGGGCACAUCACCAUAUAUAGAUGACACUGUACACAAUACAGCAUCUUGAAUGGGCCAUAGUUGUAAUGGACUAUUUGAUCGAUAGGCAUUACUGGUAAAACCAGUGAUUGUUAUGUUUGAGUGAACCCUGGUAUGGAACUACCAGAUGUUGUCGAUGAAGCGAAUCAGGUAGAAUUGCAGAAGCAAUACGUGAAUACUGAAGUGAGCUGCGCUGCUAGAUAAAUACAGGAGAAUGAAAUGUAUAAUGAAGCAUCAAGCUCAAUAUAAAACCACACAUAUAGAGAAACCAUGAUUUAUGAACAUAUAGUUAAUGUUGUACAGUGCACAUUGGUUAUAAUUCAGUGCUUAUGUGUAUUAUAUAAGAUACUUUACAUGACAUAUAUAGGAAUGACAAUCUUGGUGAUUGAAAUGUUCGGAGGGACAAAGUUGAGGAAUGUUUUCAGCCAUUUAUGGCAUAUUAAGUUCAAUAUUAGCAGAAAAUGGAGGUUUAACCAAAGGAACACUUGGUCUAGUGUGAAAUUGCCAAUGAAGUUAUGGGAUAGCCUUUGAGCAGUGCUGGACUAUAUACAUUAUACAUAUAGACUUUGUUUAUAUAUACAGUGUAUUGCAUUGAGCGUCAUCCAACGGCAAUAUAUUGUGAAUUUUGUAUACAAUUUUACUUUAUAAUUUUAUAUGAAUGUGACAUUCUGUGUAAUUCUAGAGGUAUGUGUAAUAUUGUUGGAUAAAAUGGAUAUCCAUAUAACACAAAUUACUUUAAAGAUGAUUCCAAGCAGAGUGGCUUAUAUCAAGCAUACAUGUACAUGUAGUGAUUCUAACAUAAAACCAGACAAAUCUUGUACUAUCUAACCAAUGAAAUAUA